AUGCAGAAUCAAGAUGGCCCCUGCCCCUUCUGCUUGCGCCAAAUAUUGCUUCUCGUUAAGCUACAGCAAAUCAUUCAGGAAACGGCACCACCAGGUGAACCUGUGAUCCUUGACUAUCGCAAUCGCCCUGUAUUCUACGACGCCGAUGACCCUCGUGGGAAUAUGUCAGCUGAAGAGGCUGAUGAGAAGCGGGCUAAAGCUCAGGAGCAUCGUAUGCGACGCGGAAUCAUGUUCGAGGCCACUGGAGUCUUGGAACCUGGGAGUUCUAUCCCAUCAGGUGACCCUUUGGAGUCCGCCGAUGGCGUACUUCAAGCGCUCACAGCCAUGCUGGGUCCAAACAACAUCGCCCAUGAGAAUAUCUUCAAUGUUCUUCCCAAUGGGUUUUAA